AUGAAUGCCGUACAUGUCCAAACGCCCGGCGGCGUCGAUUUCAUCACCAUCUGGGAACUCGCCGAACUUAAGCAAUCAGUCCUGGACAUGAAAGACCGGAUGCUUGAAGGACCUACUUCAGCACCAUUGAUCGAACGCGUCCUCGGCGUAACUCUAAAAACCCCUUUUUCUCGGAAGAUCACCGACGUUCGUUACCGGCCGACCGAAAAAAUUUGCCUUCCGACGUACGCCGGAAAGGCGGACCCAACUGAUCACAUCACUGCUUUCAACAUCACGAUGGGUCGAACCAACUUCUCCGAAGAAGAAAGGGACGCCGGUUACUGUCGUCUCUUCGUCGAGAGUCUUCAAGGACUGGCCCUCGGGUGGUUCACUGGAUUGGAGCGAGACUCCAUCAACGACUUUCACGACCGGACGACUGCAUUCCUCAAGCAGUACAUUAUGUUUACAAGACAAGGAGCAACUUUGUCUGACCUUUGGAAUCUAUCUCAGGGAUCGAGCCAAAGCCUCCGCGACUUCAUGGAAAAGUUCAAAGCAGUCGCCUCAAAAGUUCAAGUCCCCGACAGUGUCGCCGUCGACGCACUGAUGAAUACCCUCUACUUCAAGUCCUUGUUUCGCGAGGACCUCUACAGAAAUCCUACCACCUCGGUCCAGGAUGCUAUCGCUAGGUCGAACAACUUCAUUCGAAUGGAGGAAGAUACAACAGCGAUACUCAAGAAACUGAACACGGCAGCCAAACCGGCAACCGCCCCGAAAGCUCCCGAGGCACGCCAAGAACUCCGUCAGCACACCUCAGGCAACAAGCCUAACCAGCCGAAGAGUUUCGUCUAUGUGGUUGAAGAUAAAAACCCGCCUCCAGGACCGACUGUCGUCGUACGCGAAAAAGGUUGGAACGUCUGGGAAAAUGACGAGAAGCCGCAAACCUCUUCGACGCCUUCAACUUCAAGUCCUGGCUCAGCUGAGCCAAAUCUGUGGUUCAGCUUCCAUAAAUCUAAAGGGACAUCCAACGUCAAGUUGCCGAAGCCUAGGCCAAACAGCACCAAGAGCUGGAGCAAAAGCAAAGAAAAGAAAGCUCACAAGAACCAUGAUAAGUCUGGAACUCGGCCAAAGCAUACGGAGGAUGAUAAGCCAGAAGAGCAGGACGAAGAUGAGGGUGAAGCACAAGUCGAAGAAGAGCAACCUCGUAAUCGUCGACGUGUCAAAGUCAUCCUCGCACGACCAAGUCCCCCUCUGAUGAAGAAGAGGACAAACAAGUCCAUGACUCACACGAGUACUCUAGCAAUAACCUCGAGGAAAUGGCCAUCAAAACCUGAGAAUGAUCCCUCGAUCACUUUCUCACCAGACGAUGCCAUCGGCGUCCACCUACCUCACAACGACCCCCUACUAGUCGAAGUAGGAAUCACGAAGUGUGACGUCGCUAAUGUUUUGAUCGAUACUGGCAGUUUAGUCGAUUUGAUCUUUCGAGACACGCUCGAUAAGAUGGGAGUCGACUUGCGCGACAUGAAACCAUCAUCUCGCUCCCUCACAGGAUUCAACGGAGCUUUUGAGACAAUGAUCGGGAUGAUCAAACUCCCCGUCUACGCAUGCGGAGUGACACGCACAGUCAAGUUCUCAGUCAUCCGAACGAAGGCUCCUUAG